AUGUUGGAGGCAGAGCCCGGAAGCCGUGUUCCCAGAGAAACCAGACCUGCUUCCCCCAGGGCAAACCCUCCCACCGCAGACGGUUCAAGGAUGCAUUGUUUAAAGACCUAUUCACGGACAGCAGGUCAGGAAGCUGGGCUGUGUUUGCCGUGUGGGGUUCUGCCCGUGAUUCCCUCAUCUCAUGGCUGCUGGGGGCGGCCUGGCCCCGUGCUGGGUGCAGGCCCUUCCCUGGAGCCGCACAGGCUUGUGUGCGCGUGUGCGGUACGGAGAAGCUUGACACAUGCCUUCCUGUCCUUUAAAGAGUCUCUCAUGAGACAGCUUCUCCUCCGUGGUGAGCUCUCCUCUCGGGACGGGGGCAUCUUAGAGGGCCACGACUGGGAACCCGCACUGGGGUGGCCGACCCCUCCGCCCGCUGUCCGUCAGCGCUAG